AAACACUGUAGAAAAAAAAGAAGUUAUAAAAAAAACACAUAAAAAAGAAAACAAAUUAAAACAAAAUAAAAUAAAUUUACAUAAAAUAAAAACAAUAUAGAAAUUUGAUAUUAAACUUUUUAAAUAAAAUGGCUGAUGAUGGCGGCAAUCCGGAAAAAGAAGCCGAUAAGAAAAUUAUUCAUGUUUAUCCCUUAGUUAAGCAUUCAGAUAUGAAUGAGGAAAUGCGCACCGAAGCUAUAGAGUUGAGCAUUACAGCCUGUGAGAAAUAUUCCUCUAAUUAUGAGCAAGCGGCCCGUGUUAUUAAGGAAACUAUGGAUAAAAAAUUCGGCAUUUAUUGGCAUGUGGUUGUGGGUGAAGGUUUUGGUUUUGAAAUAACUUAUGAGACUAAAAACAUUUUAUAUUUAUUUUUUGCUGGCAAUUUAGCUAUAUUAUUAUGGAAGUGCUCUUAGUCCUCUCUUUUUAUACAUAACAUUUUUUUUAAAAAAAGUCCUUUAUCAAGAAAUAUUUUUUUAUAAAAUUCCUUUUUUUUUCUUAACAAAUAUAAAAUAAAUGAAAUAAUUAAAUUAAUCUAA